UUUUAGUACCCAGCGAUUGGUAAAAGAGGACGCAUGUGCAGACAACGGAGCGGAUACGCAGCGUGAACGUGAACGAAGACAUCAAGUACGAGCAUUAAGGUUUACCCCUGUUAGGCAUCCGAUAAUCCGUGAAUCAGAGAGACCAUCGUCGUCAUUAGGGCAACCAAUUAGCCAAGUCAGUGAUUGUGAUAAUGCUUAAAGGUGUUCCCACGCUAGCCGGUCGAAACCUUCGUCUCCUGACGACCCAGGCACAGGUGCUGGUCCAUCAACGCGCCAAAGCGUCCGCCGCCGAGCCCGUCGAGGACUUUGACCAGGAGACGGAUCUUUUGAAGCGCGCCAAGUUCGGACACACGGGCAAACAGCUGCAGCAGAAAAUAAUCAAUGAGAAAAAUCUGCGCGCUCCACCGCUUAUGAACUUGGUGUUUGCCAAUCGGAAGUUGUCCUUCUACGAUACCAGUUCCACUCCCAAGACCAAAGAGGAUAAUGCCAAGCUCCAUCGCGAGCAGGAGCAGCGAAAUGCGGAGGAUGUGCUAUUCGACAUGUUCGCCAGCGAGGAGACGGGCCUCAUCUCGAUGGGCAAGUUCCUGGCCGGGCUAAAGACCACCGGAAUUCGCCGGAACGAUCCGCGAGUGCGAGAACUGAUGGACAACUUGAAGAAAGUGCACAAGCUAAAUAACUACGAGACGGGUUCUUCGGCGGAAACUCAGCAUCUCAAUCGAGAGACCUUCAAGGCUGUGGUUGCCCCCAAUAUUGUGCUGAUUGCCAAGGCCUUCCGGCAGCAGUUCGUUAUUCCCGACUUUACGAGUUUCGUCAAGGACAUCGAGGAUAUUUACAAUCGCUGCAAGACCAACACUUUGGGCAAGUUGGCCGACUACAUUCCGCAGCUGGCUCGCUAUAAUCCCGAUUCCUGGGGCCUGAGCAUCUGCACGAUUGAUGGCCAGCGCUUCUCCAUCGGCGAUGUGGAUGUGCCCUUCACACUCCAGAGUUGCAGUAAGCCGCUGACCUACGCCAUUGCCCUGGAGAAACUGGGUCCCAAGGUCGUGCACUCUUAUGUGGGCCAGGAGCCGAGUGGCAGGAACUUCAACGAACUUGUUCUGGAUCAGAACAAAAAGCCACACAAUCCGAUGAUCAACGCUGGUGCCAUUCUGACGUGCUCCCUGAUGAACGCCCUUGUCAAGCCGGACAUGACCUCCGCUGAGAUCUUCGACUACACCAUGUCUUGGUUCAAACGGCUGUCGGGCGGAGAGUAUAUCGGCUUUAAUAAUGCCGUAUUCCUGUCCGAACGCGAGGCUGCCGAUCGGAACUAUGCCCUGGGCUUCUACAUGCGGGAGAACAAGUGCUUCCCCAAGCGCACCAAUCUCAAGGAGGUGAUGGACUUUUACUUCCAGUGCUGCUCCAUGGAGACCAACUGCGAGGCAAUGUCCGUAAUCGCGGCCAGUUUGGCCAAUGGUGGCAUCUGCCCCACCACCGAGGAGAAGGUGUUCCGGCCGGAGGUAAUCCGGGAUGUGCUCUCGAUUAUGCACUCAUGCGGUACAUACGACUAUUCCGGACAGUUCGCCUUCAAGGUGGGUCUGCCAGCCAAGUCUGGAGUGAGUGGCGGCAUGAUGCUGGUCAUCCCCAACGUAAUGGGCAUCUUUGCCUGGUCUCCGCCCUUGGAUCACUUAGGCAAUACAGUGAGAGGACUACAGUUUUGUGAGGAGCUGGUCUCCAUGUUCAAUUUCCAUCGCUACGACAACCUGAAGCAUCUGUCCAACAAGAAGGAUCCGCGGAAGCACCGCUACGAGACCAAGGGUCUGUCCAUCGUGAAUCUACUCUUUUCAGCUGCCAGCGGCGAUGUUACAGCCUUGCGGCGUCAUCGUCUCUCCGGAAUGGAUAUCACUCUGGCCGACUACGAUGGUCGCACUGCCCUCCAUUUGGCUGCGUCCGAAGGACACUUGGAGUGCGUCAAGUUCCUGCUGGAACAGUGUCAUGUACCACACAACCCCAAGGAUCGCUGGGGAAAUCUGCCCGUGGAUGAGGCAGAGAACUUCGGCCACUGUCACGUGGUGGAGUUCCUUCGCUCCUGGGCGGAGAAGGCCGACCAGUCCAGCGAGGAGUGCAAGCCCGAGGCGGUGACCAGCAAGACACAAGCGGAUGAGGAAAUCUGCAGCACAAGCGACCUGGAGACCAGUCCGACAACCAGUCCCAUUCCCACUCCCGUGGAAUCCGGAUCCAGGGCAGGAUCAGGACGGUCCAGCCCGGUGCCAUCGGAUGCGGGCAGCACGGCGAGCGCCGGAAGCAGCAUCGAUGACAAAACCAAGCCGGGACUAUAAGCGUACAGAGAUCCAGGAUCCCAGCCGAAUCUCUCUGACUAAAUUAUUCGCACAACAUUUUAGUUUAUAUAUGAUGUAUUAGAUUAAAGUUAAGAGUACCCAAAAUACCAUCAGUUCACGCUGCUUGGUUAGUCCUAUAUAAUUUGUAGUAGUCAUCCCACGUGCAAGUCGUGAUCCUUCGAGGCGGAUCCACUGCACGAGCGGCAUUUGUACUUGUACUUGGUAGCGCUUAGUUAGCCACAAAAAUUCCAUGUUAUCCUACGAAACAAUGACAAUAAUCUUAACGGAUAUCUAACUUUCCCACAUAACUGGGGUCUGUGACCUGCCUAAAUGUAUUGCAUUCGUACUUGUCAAUUGAUAUUUGUAUGCGUUUGAAUGUGUAUUAAGAAUCCCGUUUAAAAAGAUCAUAUGUAAGUUCAGAUAUACAUAUUUGCUUGAUGGCAAUUGAAUAUAUACAUGUUUAGCUGAAAACGCACACAAUAUAUGGCAUAUCGUUACUUAAUGGGUCUUUUGAGGUUGGAAGAUUAUACAUGAUAUAUAAGAAUAAUAAAUAAAAGAUGUUUACUUACUAAUUUUCUUAGAGCAAUCGUAAUUAUACCUUUUUAAUCAUUAACAUCAAAAUUUUAAAAUAUGAACUCUAUAUUUGCAUUCAAUCCUGUUUUAAAUGGUGUUUGAAUAAAUCAAUUAAAUUAU